GGGGUAGGUGUUGGGUCGGUGAAGCCAUGUGAUAGAUGACCUCAUCCUCUGUCAAAAUACCUGCACCUUAUAAAUAAUAAAGCUACCGACCAGGUAGCCACACACAUUCCCGAGUCAAGCAUAAGACGGACGUCCUCGUAGGACUCUGGGAGGUUAAAAAAGAAGGUAGCAAUUGUUUGUUUUUUUAAAUGAUUAUUUAACAGAACACUAGGCGCAGUUUAAUGAGGUGUCUACAGAAUGUGGUCAUUAAUUUAACAUAACUUAAUAUCAAUACUAUAGAACUCAUUGUAAAUAUUCUGCCACAUGCCGAUCACGUUUUAAAAAGAAAUACUGCCUAUUUCGUUAAGACCUUUUCAUGAACGUCUUAUUGAUGAGUUUCUAUUUUCUUUCAUAUAGAACACAAGACUAUUACGAUAAAUUUAUAUCAUUUUAAAAGAAAGAAAGAAAGAAAGAAUUAAAUCAAAGAAAUUGUCGAAGAAAACGUAUCAACUGUUCUGACCAACACUCAACAACGGAUGUCUCGACAAAUUUGAUAAAAUUACAAUUAAGGAAAAAAAUACCAUUUCAUUUUAACGCUGAUUUUGUGCGCACCCCAUCCCUCCCCUCAAACCCCAUUUUUCCGAGACCAGAAAUGAAUUAAUUUCUUCUUGUUACUUUUGGAAAAUAAAAUAGUUAAAAAAUUAACAUACAUAAUUUAAACAAAUAAUAUAUAAAAAUAUAUAUAUAUUUAAAGAUAUCGGCUCAAGUAACUGUUUUCUUCGACUGACAAUUCCCAAAGUUUGUUCAAGAUGGCCGCAGCUUUCGUUGGCAAAUGGAAACUUGGCAAAAUUGAGGGCGCCGAAGAGUAUCUAGCUGCAGGUCAGUAAAUCUGCUUGGGGAAAGGGGGGGGGGGUGUCAAGGUCGAUAGUUUUGUUUUGGGGGGUCAAGAUCAGUAGCUCUGCGUGGGGGUCACGGUCAGUAGUCAGUUUGUGACUCAAGGUCAGUAGAUUGCUUGGGGUCGUCAGCAUCUCUGUUUUUGGUCGAGGUCGGUUAACAUAAUAAUCUCCUGCUUCUAUUCUGCUUCUGGUGUGUCCUGCUUCCUAUUUAAAACCAACCCUUCUCCACAUGUUUUAUAUUAAUAGAACAUAAGGGGAAAAAAGGAUGUCACGCAGCAAGCGUCAUGCGUAAAGUCUUAACUCCGGUCAAUAGAAUGCUAUCUCCGUUAUGCUGCAACUGUUGUUUCGUAAGUAAGUCUUUGUUGUACAGUGAACACCAGUAUCUUCUCCGUCAACGGGUUCUUGCACAACGUCAUCUCUAUUCCGGGAUCCGGCAACAGCCUGCUCCCAUCAGUGGGUCAUUUCUUGACACAAACGGUUGACGAAGACAAUGCAAUUUCACUGCGACAUGGGGCGGUAGAUAGUGUAACAAAUGAGACGUUAACUUUUUUUUUUUGGGGGGGGGGGGGGAUGGGGUGGUUACAUUUGGGUAUGUUCUCAAAAUGCCCGGUCCCGGUGUAAAAACUGCACUCGGUUAUACACCAGUAUGAAUAAAUUCGGAAUAGCGUAAAUGAAUUUACCCGGGUAACUAAAAGCUCAGAUGACAUCGUGAUUAGAGGAUAUGUCAUUAGGAAUUAUCCCAGCUAAGUACCAUAGAAGACGGAAUUCCCGUAGAGAGUGCCCCAGAAGAAAAUAUAUCAAGUAGAAAGUGCCCUAGUAGACAGUACCCUGGAAGGCAGCACCCCAGAAAAUCGACCACAAGUUACCAAUACAUCAGUAGGCAGUUUCCUAGUGGACAGUACCCCGGUAGAAGUAAUUCAGUAGACAGUAGACCAGUAGACAGUACACAAGUAGACAGUACCCCAAUAGACAGUAUCCUAUGAUACAGUACAAUAGUACACUGUUUCCUAGUAUACUAAAGCAUAUUAUUAGGUAUCCUAGUACACACUAGGCUUGUACACAGCACCCCAAAAGUCAGGACUCUAGUAAACAGCAACUCAGUGGGCAGUACCCUAGUACACAGUACCCCAGUAGACAGUACUCCAUUAAACGGCAUGCCAGUAGACAUUACCCUGGUACGCAGUACCACAGUAGAUAGUACUUCAUUCCUGUGUACUCUGAACAUUAAAAAAACCUGAGGCUAAUUUGGAGCGUCUUCUUCUCGACACAGCUCACGGGAGGUCAUUCCAAGACAAAAUAGGAAAUUGAGUUUUCUCCCUUGUCCCAGAGGUCAUGCUUGGCCCCCGUGCCCUACGUCAUGUGGGUGAGGGGGGCGUAAGAUGGUGCCAGGGGCGAGGGGGUUUUGACAAUGGGGGCAUAAAGUCCUACCAUGGGUGUGGGUUGUGCCGGGCUGUAGGGUGGUGGUAUCAGGGCUGUAGGGUGGUGGUAUCAGGGCUGUAGGGUGGUGGUGUCAGGGCUGUAGGGUGGUGGUGCCAGGGCUGUAAGGUGAUGGUGCUAGGGCUGUAGGGUGGUGGUGCCAGGGCUGUAGGGUGGUGGUGCCAGGGCUGUAGGGUGAUGGUGCUAGGCUUGUAGGGUGGUGGUGCUAGGGCUGUAGGGUGGUGGUGUCAGGGCUGUAGGGUGGUGGUAUCAGGGCUGUAGGGUGGUGGUAUGAGGGCUGUAGGGUGGUGGUGUCAGGGCUGUAGGGUGGUGGUGCCAGAGCUGUAGGGUGGUGGUAUCAGGGCUGUAGGGUGGUGGUGCUAGGGCUGUAGGGUGGUGGUAUCAGGGCUGUAGGGUGAUGGUGCUAGGGCUGUAGGGUGGUGGUAUCAGGGUUGUAGGGUGUUGGUGUCAGGCUGUAGGGUGGUGGUGCCGGGUUAAAGGCUAUACAUCACUUGAUAAACAUAAAAUGUAUAUAUUCAAUAUCAAAAGUUGUGUUACUUACAUUAGAGAAUUUAAUUUAAUACCUGUGCAUAUAGGUUGGUAAUCAUGAUAUCAUUACCUUACAUAGUAUACAUGUAUCAAGUACACAUUAAUAAUGUUGUGUACACCUAUCGCGUCCAGUUGGCCAGGCCGAAGCCAUCAAAGACAUCAGCAACAUCAAGGACGUCGACAUCUCCGUCGACGGCAACACCUUCACGUCCGUUGUCAACAUCGAAGGCAAGGAGCCACGAAAGGACACGUCAGUGCUGGGCGAGACAGUGGAGACAGAUGCUCCCGGAGGCAUCAAGAUUAAGGUGAGAGGGGAGAGGGAAUGUGCGUGAUAAAAGGGAGUGAGGAAGGGAAAAGAGCCAAAGAAGGAUAGCAGUACUGGCGGGAUGGUACAGACGGACAGACAUGAAUUCAAGAAUGUCUAAAUUAACAUAUUUGUAGAACUUUGUUCGGUCAAUAAACAGUAUGUGUCAUCAGCACUGACAGAUAAUUGAAUCAGAAUUGUCAGAAUGUCAGAUGUAUAGAAUGCAGCAUCCGUAUUGAGAGUUUCGUGAUUCCACACAAACAAGUACACGCCAUCACCAUUGACAGUUGCAUAUUCUCGUAACUACCACAGACAAUGACAAGGCAUCACUAUUGACAGUUGCAUAUUCUCGUAACUACCACAGACAAUGACAAGGCAUCACUAUUGACAGUUGCAUAUUCUCGUAACUACCACAGACAAAGACAAGGCAUCACUAUGGACAGUUGCAUAUUCUCGUAAGUACCACAGACGAUGACAAGGCAUCACUAUUGACAGUUGCAUAUUCUCGUAACUACCACAGACAAUGACAUGGCAUCAUUAUUGACAGUUGCAUAUUCUCGUAACUACCACAGACAAUGACAAGGCAUCACAAUUGACAGUUGCAUAUUCUCGUAACUACCACAGACAUUGACAAGGCAUCACUAUUGACAGUUGCAUAUUCUCGUAACUACCACAGACAAUGACAAGGCAUCACUAUUGACAGUUGCAUAUUCUCGUAACUACCACAGACGAUGACAAGGCAUCACUAUUGACAGUUGCAUAUUCUCGUAACGACCAGAGACAAUGACAAGGCAUCACCAUUGACAGUUGCAUAUUCUUGUAACUACCACAGACAAUGACAAGGCAUCACCAUUGACAGUUGUAUAUUCUCGUAACUACCACAGACAAUGACAAGGUAUCACUAUUGACAGUUGCAUAUUCUCGUAACUACCACAGACAAUGACAAGGCAUCACUAUUGACAGUUGCAUAUUCUCGUAACUACCACAGACAAUGACAAGGCAUCACUAUCAUUCACUCUCAAUGCCAUGGACGUAUUGGUUUAGAUUUUUAAAAUACACAUUAAAAAAAAGCACCUCACAUGCCUUUCUACUUCCGGGUGGAAUGCGCAUGUCAGACUUCAAAAGAUUGCUGCUGCAGAAGAACUCUCCCAGCAUUGCUCAACAACAGAGUUCUCGCGUGUGGUCGUUCCAUUGAGUGGCCAUUUUGGCCUUGUUCAAGGAAGGGAGAGAAAAAUGAGAUUCUAAAAAAUAAAAUUUAAAAAAAAAUUGAAGGAAACUGAGGAAAUCCCAUAGGUUAUUUAUAGCGACACAAGUGCGGUGCGGCAACAGUGUGAAGAGAGAUGCGCAUAGAUCUUGUUGCGAUCUCUAGAGUCGCGUGGGGUGGGGCGGGAUACUGGGUGUAUACAGAGCCCUGGGGUGGGUCCUGCAAACCUUGCGGGUGCAUGUGGCCAGGGAUAUAAUAAACGGGACUGAAAGUUGGGAAGUGUCAAAACAUUAACAGAAAGCAUAAUAAUUUUUCACGGCAUUAAAAAGCUAAACAACAAACAACAACAGUCACGUCACGGCUCAAGGUGACAACUGACGCUUGGAAAAAUGUAUAAAGAAAACGAUAACGUGACAGCUGUCAUUGCCAUUUCGGUGUUUUAUCUUAUGGUUAUGUUUCAAAAGGGGUGUCAACCUUUUUUAUCUAGAAUAGUGGGGUGGGGGUAUUCGAAUGUUUACAAAGGGAGUGUUCAUAAAUAAAGCGUUCGCGAAGAGGUUGUUUACAAGGAGUAUGUUCACAAGGGAAAGUUCACGAUGGAAAUGUUCACGAAGAAAAUUUCACGAGGAAAAUGUUCACGAGGAAAAUGUUCACGAGGGAAAUGUUCAUGAGGGAAAUGUUCACGAGGGAAAUGUCCACGAGGGAAAUGUUCACGAGGGAAAUGUCCACGAGGGAAAUGUUCACGAAGGAAAUGUUCACGAGGGAAAUGUUCACGAGAGAAAUGUUCACGGGGAAAUUGUCACGAGGGAAAUGUUCACGAGUGAAAUGUUCACGAGUGAAAUGUUCACGAGUGAAAUGUUCACGAGUGAAAUGUUCACGAGGGAAAUGUUCACAAGGGAAAUGUUCACGAGGGAAAUGUUCACGAGGGAAAUGUUCACGAGGGAAAUGAUCACGAGGGAAAUGUUCACCGGGGAAAUGUUCACGAGGGAAAUGUUCACAGGAAAAUUGUCACGGGGGAAAUGUUCACGAGGGAAAUGUUCACAAGGGGAAUGUUCACGAGGGAUAUAUUCAAGAGGGAAAUUGUCACGAGUAAAAAUGUUCACAAGGGAAAUGUUCACGAGGGAAAUGUUCACGAGGGAAAUGUUCACGAGGGAAAUGUUCACGAGGGAAAUGUUCACGAGGGAAAUUGUUACGAGGGAAAUUGUCACGAGGGAAAUGUUCACAGGGAAAUGUUCACGAGGGAAAUGUUCACGGGGGAAAUGUUCACGAGGAAAAUGUUCACGAGGAAAAUGUUCACGAGGGAAAUGUUCACGAGGGAAAUGUUCAAGAGGGAAAUGUUCACGAGGGAAAUGUUCACGAGGGAAAUGUUCACGAGGGAAAUGUUCACGAGGGAAAUGUUCACGAGGAAAAUGUUCACGAGGGAAAUGUUCACUAGGAAAAUGUUCACGAGGAAAAUGUUCACGAGGGAAAUGUUCACAGGGAAAUGUUCACGAGGGAAAUGUUCACGGGGGAAAUGUUCACGAGGAAAAUGUUCACGAGGAAAAUGUUCACGAGGGAAAUGUUCACGAGGGAAAUGUUCACGAGGGAAAUGUUCACGAGGGAAAUGUUCACGAGGGAAAUGUUCACGAGGGAAAUGUUCACGAGGGAAAUGUUCACGAGGGAAAUGUUCACGAGGGAAAUGUUCACGAGGGAAAUGUUCACGAGGGAAAUGUUCACGAGGGAAAUGUUCACGAGGAAAAUGUUCACGAGGGAAAUGUUCACGAGGAAAAUUUUCACGAGGAAAAUGUUCACGAGGAAAAUGUUCACGAGGGAAAUAUUCACGAGGAACAUGUUCACGAGGCAAUUUUCAAGAGGGAAAUUGUCUCGAGGGAAAUGUUCACAAGUGGGAAAUUGUCACGAGGGAAAUGUUCACGAGGGAAAUGUUCACGAGGGAAAUGUUCACGAGGGAAAUGUUCACGAGGGAAAUGUUCACGAGGGAAAUGUUCACAAGGGAAAUUGUCACGAGGGAAAUGUUCACGAGAGAAAUUGUCACGAGGGAAAUGUUCACGAGGGAGAAGUUCAGUUUAUAAAUUUGUCGCUAUCCCCGGUAAUAAUAAACUACACCAAACACCAGACGUUAAAAAAUAUUUAACACGUGUUGGUAUCUUCCCCAGGUCAAGUCUUACUUGGAGGGUGACAAGUUCAUCCAGGAGGGUACGGCCGGUGGCGUGGAGUGGAAGGUGCUCCGCUACAUCAAGGACGGCGCCAUUUUUACGGUGAGUACGGUAACCCAAGCUGAGAUGAGCAUCUCUCGAUGUAAGCAUCCCUCAUCAGAAGGAUGGUUUCUGAUAAUUAAAUUAUUGCAAGUCCAAUGAUACAUUUUACAUUUUAGGAAAUAUCGAAAAAAAAAUCAUUUUUGAAUGUGACACACUACUCGCUGGUCUAGAAACUUUAAAUGAACGUAAUUUAUGUUGACAAGCUAGGAUAAUUCAUACUUACAAAGAGCGAUACGUUUAUCAUAGUAAGUACGGUACUUUUAUAUUCACCAAUUCCUUGGAAUGUAGACUGCGAUAUAAGAAUACGAUUUUAUGGCACAGAUGUUUGUCUGGUCAAUCUCAAAGGCAGAAAUUUGUUUCUUAUUCCCCUUUCUAGGAAAUGACUGCAAGCGGCAAAACAAUGACCUUCACAUUGGUCAAAGCUUGAACUUAAAACCAAGAAUAUAGAGGUAGCAUUUUUAUUGAAAACGUGUGAUACAAUCACAAUGCAAUAUAUUUAUAUUCAAUAAAGUAUACUUUUGAUAUAACAUCAGUUAAGUCAUGGUGCUUUGGUUUGACAGAUUGAAUGAUUGACAGAUUGAAUGAGGGAUAUAUGAUAGAUUGAAUGGUGGACAGGUGGAAUGAUCGACACUUUGAAUGAUGGA